UCUAACCUGUCAUCUGCAGCUAGUGUAGUGUAACCAACUGGUUUCAUCGGUACACUAGACUGAUUAGUACUCUUAGUACUAGUGGAGUUAUAGGUGAUGUGUUUACUAACCAAUUAGUGGAUAAACUAGUACAAUCACAGGUAACUUGUUUACUCAUCCAUUAUAUUGGAUGAACUAGUAGAACCACAGGUUGGUUGUUUACCAACCCAUUAGUGCUGAUUAGACUAGCAAAACCACAGCACAGGUUUGCAGAUGUGUCCUUCUCACUGUGCAAGUCUGUUUUUUUUCUUUUUAAACCCCUUUUUCUUGCUGUGCCACCUCACUGGGGUGCAGUGUGACACUGCUUAAGGAGCGCAAUCGGUAGAAACCUGUUGUUAAUCUCAUUCACCCUGGUUUACCAUGGGUUACUCUGGUACUGAGGUCCUCGUACGCAACACACCUGUCGCACUUUGGGUUUAUUAUGACUGUAUUAGUGUGCGGGUCACUGUGUUGCUUGUCGGUGGUUUAUUGUGGCUGUGGUUCAUUAGCCCCCCAUGGUCUUAUCACAGUCUUAUCAGAGAGCUGCGUUCAAGGUGACAGCAGGGGCUCCGCUGCCUUUGGUCCAGUCGGAGUCCAGGGAGGUUUGCCCCACCUCCUCAUCGAGCAAGAGACACCCCUGUUUGUCACUAUGGAGGGCGGUCAUCGUUUUGCCCAUCUGUGCUGUGCACCUUUCCUGCUGCCGAUCCUACAGGUGGUUUCUACCGCAGGUACUCCCACCAUCCCCCACUUCACUGGCUGUCUGUCCCGGGACCAUGAGACCUUCCGUUGCUGGUGGGACACCGGAAGUUUCUGGAACCUCUCGGCACCAGGGGCCCUUCGGGUGUUCUACCUCAAAGAGAACUCUCCCGGGACCUGGCACGAGUGUCCCGAGUAUAGUGUGUUGGUGCCCAACGAGUGCUACUUCAGCACGCGGCACACGUCCGUGUGGACAUCCUACUGCGUGCAGCUGCACGACGCCGCCCUGGACGCCACCUACGAUGAGCUCUGCUUCAGUGUCGACUCCAUCGUGUUCCCCGAGCCACCCGUGGGCCUCAACUGGACACUGCUGAAUGCGAGCCGCUCCGGGCUCCACUACGACGUUCUGGUGCACUGGGACCCCCCGCCAUCAGCGGACAUCAGGACUGGCUGGAUCAGCCUGGAGUACGAGGUCCGGUACCGCGAGAAGGACUCAGCCCGCUGGCGCACGCUGGACAUGAUCUCCAGCACCGAGCGCUCCAUCUACGGCCUGUGUGUGGGCAUCGAGUAUGAGGUCCAGGUGCGGUGCAGAAUGGUAGCCCACAACAACUUUGGUGAGUUCAGCCGAACUCUCCGCAUCUUCCUGGCACAGAGUCCCUCGAGAGAGUCGAGCUUCUCUAUGGCCACGACGCUGAUCUUCACAGCCAUUGGGGCUGGGAUCCUUAUCCUGCUGCUGGUCAUCUCCCAGCACCACAGGUUAACGGUGAUUUUCCUGCCACCGGUUCCUGGCCCCAAAAUCAAAGGCAUUGAUCCGGACCUGCUGAAGAAGGGCAAGCUGGAUGAAAUUAGCUCCAUCCUGGGCAGACAGGACCAUUACAAGGUGGACAAUACCAGUGGGGACCUCUUAGUGGACUUCAUCGAACUGGACCUGGAGGAACCAGGCCAGAACGUCGAGGACUCGGAGUCGAAAGGUUAUUCUGACCCAAACCAGUCAGACCUCUGCUGCUUUAUCCAGGAUUGUCACUCUGGGAGAGAGAGCUCUUGUAAGUCAGAGUUGUCUGACCAUGACCUCUCGACACUUGAGUCACCAGCUCGCCCCAUCAACCUCAGCCCACCAGCCGCACCUUCAAACCGUUUGCCACUCUGUCAUAAGCACAGUCAGCCAGCCACAACUCCUUACAGCCACGUGGGCAAGGUGACUUCUGUGGGCGAACUAGUGUUGUCAGCUGGCCAGAUGGAUCCCAGAAGCAUUGCGUACACCUCAGAGAUCUGCACUAUGCAAACCAGUGCUGACCUCAGCCAGAGGUGGUGCUAUGAGCCAUCAAAAGGAGGUGUAUCCCUUGGAGGCCCCUCCCUGUGCCAGUUAAGCCCCUCCCUAUCUCCUCCUGCAGACUCAGGAUACACAGUGCUGUAAGGGCUAGCAGAGCUUUUUAAUAACCUGGCAACUUUUAGUAUAAAGUAGUUAUAAUAAUAUCUGUAUUUUAAACUGCUGCACAUUUACAGAAGCUACUGCGACUGGAAUCUAGAACCUUCUUUUAGAGUUCCCUAUCUAUGAGAGUAGAACGCCCUUAUGUGAUGCAAGAUGAGUUCAUGUAAACAUGUAACUGAUGGGUGCUUCAUGCACAGCACAUCUCAUUACUUCUUGUACAUGCUUUUUUAUGUAACUUGCAUUAAAACAUUAACUGCUUGUGAUUGUGCCAGUCUGAUUAUGCGUAUGGUCCUACAGGGUUUCAAUGACAAUGGUCAUCAGCAAUGUCAUUUUUGUUGUUGCUGUGGAAUGCAUGCCAACUCUUGACCACUCGUGGCACAGUCCCCUUCUUCGCUGGGCACUUCUGAGAGGUCCCGGUAAGAGGAGAGGGACACACCUGGUCACUCGGGUAUUUUACGGGACUUUGUGGGAGUGACCAGGAAAAAGAAAAGGCGCAGAAGGAAGGCUGGGUUGAUCACCGGUACUACAGUGGGGGUGCCGGUCUUGACUGCGACCCCUCAAAGGACCGAGAAGAUGUUCCCUCCUCCAUAGUGGUACCCGAUCAUUCGGUCUUAUUAGUUAUUGAUUUAUCUCGGGUGGGGUCAUCCCCUAGGUUAAGUUUGUCAGGGCCGGGGGAAUAGUCCCACCCGACAGCUAUGGAGAAUGGAGAUUUUUGUUUAGAAAAACUGUUCGAAUAAUUGAUUUUAAUUUGUAGAUUUUAUAGUAUUUUAGUAU